AUGGAGAAGCUGCAAACGCUGCUGAUUGCGAACCGUGGUGAGAUUGCCGUCCGAAUCUCUAAAACUGCAAGGGAGCUUGGGGUGCGCACAAUCGCAAUAUAUACAAAAGCGGAUUCGACUUCGCGACAUGUGUCAGUCGCAGACGAGGCAGUCUUGCUGCCGGGCGAAGAUGCCACCGCAUAUACCGACGGAGACGCUAUCAUAGAAAUUGCUCGUUCGCGGAAUGUCGACGCCAUUAUUCCUGGAUAUGGAUUCCUGUCAGAAAACGCCAACUUCGCCCAUGCCGUAGCCAGCGCAGGCAUGGUGUUCGUAGGCCCAAAACACGAUGCAAUCGAGGCAUUCGGAUUGAAGCAUCGAGCGCGCGAAAUGGCUAUAGAAGCAGGCGUGCCUAUUGUUCCAGGCACAGGAGGGCUGCUUGCUACGGAGGAUGACGCAGUCAGUGCUGCAGAUGAAUUGGGAUACCCGGUAAUGCUAAAAGCCACCGGCGGAGGCGGUGGAAUGGGUCUGGUUAUAUGCAACUCGCCCAGCGAGGUCCGAGAUGCAUUAGCUCAGGUCCGUUCUCGGGGAGCAGCGUUGUUCAAAAAUGCCGGAGUGUUUCUAGAACGAUACUACGCGAAGAGCCACCAUAUUGAGGUGCAGGUAUUUGGCAACGGUCUUGGAAACGCUAUUCACUUCGGAGAGCGUGAGUGCUCAAUCCAACGUCGCCAUCAAAAAGUAGUAGAAGAGUGCCCCAGUCCUUUUGUCGAUAAGAAUCCAGAUCUACGCAGGAGAUUGACCUCUGCGGCUGUGGCCCUCGCGGAAUCGGUCAAGUAUGCAUCUGCGGGCACCGUCGAAUACCUUGUGGACGAUGUAUCUGGGGAUUUCUUCUUCCUAGAGAUGAACACCCGCCUGCAAGUCGAACAUGGCAUCACGGAACUCUGCUAUGGAGUUGACCUGGUAAAACUCAUGUUGGAACAAGCUGACCGAGAGCUUGCUGGGCAGGGAGGUAUUGAUGGAAAAUAUUUAAAAUCUCAGCAGCCCGAGCUACCAGUAGGAGUUGCUAUCGAAGUACGUGUUUACGCAGAAAACCCAGCCCGCAAUUACACACCGUCCCCCGGCUUCCUGCAGUAUAUUCAAUGGGCGGAACUGGAAGGGACUCGUAUCGACACUUGGGUAGGCACUGGGGCCAGAAUUUCAACUUUCUACGAUCCCAUGAUUGCCAAGGUGAUGGUACAUGCUUCUGGACGUAAUGAAGCGAUUGAAAAGUUUGGUUGCGUUCUUUCGCAAUCCAUAAUCUGUGGUCCCCCAACGAACCUCGACUUCUUACACGCCAUUGUACAAUCCGCCGGCUUCAAAAGUGGACACACCCUGACGAAUUUCCUGGAAAAUUUUGAAUAUAGUCCUACUGCCAUUGAUGUUAUUUCACCGGGCGUCUACACCACACUUCAGGACUUCCCAGGUCGCCCCAACGCAGGGCAAGGAAUUCCCCAUGCGGGCCCAAUGGACCCUCUUGCAUUCCAGGUCGGAAAUCUUCUGGUGGGAAAUCCCCGUAAUACAGAAGGGUUGGAAAUUACUCUGAGAGGCCCAGAGCUACGAUUUUUGGCUCCUGCAGUUGUUUCGGUGUGUGGCGCUCCGAUAACAUUGACUCUUGACGGUGUUGAUGUCCCCAUGUGGACGCGGUUAUACAUCAAACAUGGCCAAGUCUUGUCUAUCGGAAAAUUGCUAGAGACUGGAGGUUGCAGAGCAUAUCUUGCCGUAUUUGGUGGUUUCCCUGCUAUUGCCCAGUACUUUGGCUCCAAGUCUACUACGCCCCUUCUUGGGAUUGGUGGUUACCAGGGUCGAGCUCUUGCCCCCGGUGAUCUCCUGACUGUACAAAAAGUUGAUGACUUCAAUGAGUCAGCCUCUGUUGUUUCACUCCCUCAAAGCCUACGUCCGAAAUACACAAACCAUUGGGACAUCUACGCCAUGGUGGGACCGUACGAUGAGGGUUACAUGGGGGCAGAGGAUAUAGAGAUGAUUUAUAAUACCAUCUGGAAAGUUUCACACAACGCCACUCGUGGUGGUAUUCGUCUGAUCGGCCCUGCGCCUACGAAAUGGGCUAGGAAAGAUGGCGGCGAGGGCGGGCAACAUCCCAGCAAUGUCAUCGAAUAUGGAUAUCCAUUGGGUACUUUGAAUUGGACGGGGGAGAGUCCCUGCAUCUUCCCCGUUGAUGCCCCUGAUCUUGGAGGGUUUCUUUCCUCGACUACAAUAGUCAAAGGAAGCCUCUGGCGCCUGGGGCAAGUGAAAUCGGGUGAUACGAUUCAAUAUCGGAGAAUAUCCUUGGAAGACGCACUUUGGAUUGCAGCCCAACUCGAGAAAUUCCUGGAUGAUGUUGCCUCCUUUGUUGUAGGAAAGCGCCAAAUAGACGAAAUUGAACCAGUUGAUGGCCGAUCUUUGUUAGAAUCAACAGUCUCUGGUAAUUUCGGGAAGGCCGUUAUUUAUGAGAAAGUUCUAGAGGGAUCGAAUCUUAAGAUAACAUUCAGACAGGGUGGUGACGAUUUUCUUCUAGUCGAGUACGGCGAUGGGGGUUUCGACCUCAACAAUCGUUGCCGGGUGACGAGCUUGGAAAAAGUGCUUCGAAAGUCGUGCGAAGUUGACCAGAUAUUUAAGAACGGUAUCUACAAGACGAUUGGAUGCUGCAACUCACUGUUGGUCCAUUAUGAUGGCUUGAAGCUUCCACGUAAAAAGUUGAUGGAUCUUUUGAUAUCUUCACAGAGCGAGAUAGGCGAUCUCAGCAGCUCCAAGGUUCCUAGCAGGCGAUUCCGCCUCCCCAUCUGCUUUGAGAGCCCGGCACAGCAAGAGGCGAUCCAGCGCUACAUGGAAACCCAACGGCCAUAUGCUCCAUUCCUACCGGAUAACAUGGAUUUUGUAGCCAAGAUAAAUGGAAUUACCUAUGACGAACUCGUUAGGGUCUUCCUAACUACGGAGUUCAUGGUCAUUUGCGUAGGGUUUUUCUGUGCUGAUACCAUCUGCCUUCCAAUUGAUCCUCGAUACCGAUUGACGUGUCCCAAGCAAAACCCCAGUCGAGUAUACACACCCGAGGGAAGCGUGAGCUGGGGUGGUUCAUGUAUGAAUAUUUAUCCAGUGGAUUCUCCAGGAGGCUACCAACUUACGGGUCAAACUAUCCCCUGCUUUGACCAACUGGGUAUAAAGCCUGGAUUUGCGUCGGGCCAGCCGGGACUCUUCCGAGAUUUUGAUCAAGUAACCUUUUAUCGCGUUGACAAGCAAGAAUUCGAGCGGGACAUGGCGCUUUUCCGGUCUGGACGUUAUGAGUUCAAGAUUGAAGAAGACGUCUUUGAUAUGGGCGCACACAACAAGUUACUUUUAGAGACGCGAGAGGAGGUUUCUCUCUUCAAAAGUCGGCAACUAGCGGCCCAGGCGGAAAUGCUGGCCCUAGAAAAGGCCUCCAUGGAGCGUUGGAUGGCUGAGAAAUCCAAGAAUACUACUCCAGCUGAUGAACUUGAAAUAUUGAAGCAAGAUCCCAAUAAUUUGACUCUCGACUCACCUCUUGAUGCGAAUGUAUGGAAAGUCAAUGUUAAUGAAGGGCAACUUCUCAGCGCAAAUCAGGUUGCAGUCAUUCUUGAGGCAAUGAAGAUGGAAAUAUCAGUCUCCUACAAAAAGGAAGCGGCGGAUACACAGCUCAAGGUCAUCAAGGUCCUUGUUCAGCCUGGAGACACCGUAAAGGCUGGAGAUACGUUGAUGUUCGUGAGGGAGCUAUGA